AUGAAUUAUUUGAAGGAUCGGCUGAAAGGAAAGUUAUCAGUUUCUCAAAAGAUAUUCGCUACCGUAACUGUGAGCAAAGACGGAAAAGGCAACUUCAGUAGGAUUAGUGAUGCAAUCGCAGUCGCUCCUGAAAACAACAAUGGAGAUAUCAGAUAUUUCCAGAUAUCAAUAAAGGAGGGAGUUUAUGCGGAGUAUCUGAUCAUCCCUUCUAACAAAGGCCGUCAUUUUCAGAAUUGCAAUAUCUUCGUACGGCGUACUCCUACUGGCACCAAUACAGUCACUGCUCAAAAUAAAUCCAACCCAAAUCAAACCUCGGGAAUCAUCAUCCACAAUUCACGUGUCACUGCUGCUACGGAUCUUCUACUAGUUUUGGGAUCCACCCAAACGUAUUUGGGUCGACCAUGGGACAAAUACUCGACGACGGUUUUCAUGAAGACAUAUCUCGACAGUCUUAUUGAUCCACGUGGCUGGUUUGAGUGGAAUCAGACUACCGAUGUCAGCACUUUGUUCUAUGCGGAGUUUCAGAACAAGGGUCCAGGUGUUUCAACAUCAGGUCGAGUCACAUGGCCUGGGUUUUGGAUCCUUCAUUCUGCUUCAGAGGCUUCAAGGUUUAUCGUUGGUACUUUCCUUGCUGGCAACUCCUGGAUUCCACCCGGUGUGCCAUUUACUUCUGGUCUCUGA